ACUCCAUCAUCAUCAUCAUCAUCUUAACCCUUUUAUUUUCAUUCGUCGUCUUCUAAAUCAUUAUCAACAAAAUAAAAUUCAAUCAUGUUUCGUUCGAUAAUAUUUACAUUACUAUUGGCAAUGAUGAUGUUCAUCAUUGUUGAUGCUAACAUUCCAAAUCAUUAUCAUCAUCAACAACAUAAUACAUCGAUAAAACUGGCUUCAUCAAUGCAACAACCAUCAACACAAUCGAUUCCGUUACAAGCAUCAGCAUCACAACAAUCGAAUACAAUUAUGAAUAAACAACAACAACAACAACAACAUUCACAUCAACAGCAUCAACAACCAACGUUAUUGACCCUUGAACAGCAACAAGAUUUACUUGAACAACUUGCCCAAUUACAACGACAAACGCAGCAAUUAUUAGCUGCACAACAAUCAUUAGCUGCCGUUGCAGCAGCUGCUGCUGUUAAUAAUAAUGGUGAUGCUAAUAGUCAAACUGGUGGUAAUAUUCCAGCAUCCGGUUCGGCUAAUAUUGGUCAUUUACAUCAUCAUCAACAUCAACAACAACAGCCAAAUCAUGCUCAACAAUUUGGACGACAACAAUCGAUCAAUCAAUCAAAUACACGAUCAUCAUCAUCAUCAUCAUCAUCAUCGAAUGUUGGCCAUAAUAAUAAACCGAUUCAAUUACAAAAUACAAAUGGAUCAGAUGGCAACAAUAACAAUAGUGGUAAUAAUAAUAAUAAUGGUAAUAGUCAAACAACUGCAAUCAAUAAUGGCCUACCACAAUCACCACAAAUCAAUUGGGGUAAAUGUCCCGAAUUAGAACCAAGUGAACAGGAAAAAUUAGCUAAAGCUAAUGUGAUUACGAAAUGUUUGGAAACAACACCAUUACCAACGAAUAUUACUCGUGAAUCGGUUGAACAACAUCGUGAACAGAUUGCCGCUUGUGCAUUACGUUCAGAAGGUUGGUUCACACAACAAGGUGGUUAUGAUUUUAGUAAAGCCGAAAAAGAGAUUAAAAAUAAACGUUUACAAGAAGAUUUAGAAAAUCAGGUAUUAAAUUAUCAUAGCCAAUGUCGUGUUGAAUCGGAAGAUAAAUAUCCAACAUCAACUAAUUCAUCGAUUAUUGCCCAAAUACAAUUAUAUCAAGCAUGUAUGGAUUAUUUUAUAUCUGAUGUAUGUGGUAUUGAAGUGAAUGAUUCUGAUGUGCCACAAUUUUGAAAAUUAUAUUCAAAUCAAACAAAAGAAAAUAUUAAUUAAACUAAUUAAUUCACAAACACACAUAUACAAACACACCUCUAUACAUGAUAUUUUUCGUUUGUAAUUUUCAACAUUUUUACAACAACAACAACAACAAAAAAAAUGAUUCAAUUUUAAAAUUAACAAAUAAUAAUCAAAUAUCAUUUGGGAUUUAUCUUCAAACCUAAUUAUCCAACA